UCUAAAAUUUAGCAAUGAAUUGUGACAUUAUAUAAGUUGGAAAUGAUGGUCUGAAACACUAACAAGUUUAAAUGACAAUGUCGAUAUCAACACUUGAAAACGUCAAAGGAAUAUCUGGUAGAACGAACAACAUCAUUCAUCAUUACCCACAUAGUGACACACAACCAACAUUAUGUGAUGGCUACACAGGUAAAGAUAGUUUCUAUGGAGAUGUUAUCUUCUUUCCUGGUGACUUACAAGACUUCUCAGCUAAGAUGGCAAGCCAUUAUCAAUGUAUGGAGUUUGUUGAGUGGAGUUAUGAAAAAACUUUAAAAAUUUUAUCCAAGAAAUAUCCCCAUGCACACAUCUGGCUUGUGGUCCCAUCAAAGAAAACUUACCAGACAAUAUGUGUUUAUAAAAACUUUCUAAAAGUUGAGUCCAUAAUGGGAAUACCUGACCACACGCGGGAAUAUGAUGGUUUCCUUCAUCUUGAAGCUUUAUUUAAGAACGCAGUGACAUUAACAGCGGGUGUGGAGCGUUGUAACAAUACCCCCAUUGUCCUCGCUGGGUUCAGUAAAGGCUGCGUCGUCUUGAAUCAAUUUCUCUUUGAGAUUUCGAACCUGGAAGCCCGGUCACAUGACGAGGGUUCGAUGAUGCGUGACUUUAUUGGACGAGUACAAGCGAUGUAUUGGUUGGAUGGAGGACACACUGGUGAGAAAGAUGUUUGGAUCACUGAUCCGGAUGUUGUAGGUGAUCUUAAAGCCUCCCCGAUGGUUCAAGUGAAGAUCUUCAUUCAUGUAACUCCGUAUCAAGUCCGGGAUCCACACCGACCUUGGAAGGGAGAAUCUGAAACAACGUUUCUACAACUUUUGCUUGAAAAUAAAUUCAAUGCAAAAGAGACUUUGCAUUUCGGUGAAGAAGAAGGCACCAUUAACUCACACUUUAAGGUUCUGCAAGUCUUUUAAUUACCACUGUGUUUAAUAAAUCUAAACUAGCUCCUACUGGGAGUGAGCUAAA